CGCGGCGCGUUUAGUUAGUCGGUGACUGCCGGUGCGCGAACAGCAGCUCCCUCGAUUACAACAAGUGGUUACGCGUUCGUCUGUCACUGUACGCAGCCGGACACGCAAUUACGUGAAAGUGCAACGGUGCAUCAAAACUGCAGUGUGUUUGUGCAUUUGACCUUGUUGCUCUGCGCGCGCGCUUGUGUUUCCGCCUUUUUUGACGCUGCAGGCAUCAUGGCAUCAUUACGUUUGCUUGCCCAUUACCAAUACCAACGUGCGGCUUGGUACAGCAGAGUCCUACAAUCAAUCCGCACCCAAUCAACGGACGCCACUGGAGUAGCGCACGAGAAAGCCCAAAGCUACGUCCACCAUAUCGGCAGCAAACCGCUGGUCUAUCGCAAUGUCGGCCAACAUCUACGCCUGGCCGCGGAACGGUUCCCCAACAAUGAAGCGAUCGUGUCCUGCCAUGAAGCCGGCGCCAGGCUCACGUACGCUGCCGUCCUAGACAAGGUAGAUCGGCUGGCCGCCGCCUUCCAUCAGCUCGGUCUGCGGCAGGGCGAUCGCGUCGGUAUCUGGGCGCCGAAUGGGACACUCUUCUACCUCACCAAUCUGGCGGCGGCGCGUGCCGGCAUGAUCACGGUUGGCAUCAACCCAGCCUACCAAGUGCCGGAGCUGGAGUACGCACUGCAAAAGGUCGGUGUGAAGGCGCUCGUUGCUGCGGAAGGCUACCGGCAGCAGAACUACUACGGCAUGAUCUCCCACAUUGCACCGGAACUGGCCUCCUCCAAGCCGGGAGAGUUAAAGAGCAAAGCACUACCCGAACUGUCCGCCGUUAUCAUUGACAGCCAGAAGAGUAUACCUGGUGCCAUUAAAUUCAGCGAACUAUUUGAACUACCCUCGGAGCAGGCCAUCAGCAAGAUUGAGAUGCUGCAGUCCAAGGUCAUGCCGGACAGUGGCGUCAAUCUGCAGUUCACGUCCGGCACAACGGGCCACCCGAAGGCGGCCCUCAUGUCCCACUUUGGGUUCGUCAACAAUGGCCUACACAUUGGCAACAGGAACGAGAUGGAUCAGAAGAUGCAUCGCCUCUGUGUACAGGUUCCCCUCUUCCAUGCGUUCGGAAUGGUCAUCGCAAUCAUGGCGGCCCUUUCAUACGGCUCGACCCUCGUACUGCCAACUGCCGGGUUUAAGGCGGCCGAUUCCUUGGCUGCCAUUGUACGGGAAAGAUGCUCCAUCAUUCUUGGUACACCGACCAUGUACGUGGACCUGGUGCGGCGGAUCGUCGAGAGUGGAGCCAAGCUCGACACGCCCGAAAUUGCCGUCACCGGUGGGGCCACCUGUUCGCCCAAGCUGUUCGCUGACAUCAAGCACACGCUGGGCGUGCGGAAGGUAAAGACCGUGUUCGGCUUGACGGAAACGACGGCCGUCAUCUUCCAAUCCCUGUUUGAGGAAAGCCCCGAGGAUGUGCAGCAAACGGUCGGCCACGUGACGGACCAUUACGAGGCGAAGGUGAUCGAUCGGGACGGGCAUAUCGUACCGUUCGGGACGGCCGGCGAGCUGUGCGUGAGGGGCUACGGUACGAUGCUUGGCUAUUGGGGUGACGAGAAAAAGACGAAGGAAAUGAUCGACGCGGAUCGGUGGUUGCGCACGGGCGAUCAGUUUAUGCUGCGCGAGGAUGGUUACGGGAAGAUUGUGGGCCGGCUAAAGGAGGUCGUUAUACGCGGUGGUGAAAACAUCUACCCGAAGGAGGUGGAAGACUAUCUGAACACCUAUCCGAAGAUACUGGAGGUGCACUGUAUCGGUGUGCCGGACGAGCGUACGGGCGAGGAGCUGUGUGCGUUCGUGCGGCUGAAGGAUCCGGAGGAGACGAUCGAUCGGGAGGAGAUUAAGCGGUACUGCGAGGGCAAGCUGGCGUACUACAAGGUGCCCAAGUACGUGCGGGUGCUGAACGAUCUGCCCAAGACGACGUCCGGGAAGGUGCAAAAGUUUAAGCUGGGGCAACUGUUCGCCGCGGAACGGUAACGGGUUACGGGCGUUGUACUAAAAAUGGGAAUUUUUUUGGAGUUGAUACACAUACUUUUAAUAAAGAUUUGAUUAAGUUACACUUA